AUGGGUGAAGAAGAAAUCGGAGGUGCUGUCCCAAAGGAGCAGCGACAGGGAUGGGGUCAGUUCCUCAAGUCGAUCGCCACCUUCUCUGGUGAUCUUUCCUCUCUCACAGCGCCCUCAUUCAUCCUUUCGCCGGUCUCUCUCGCCGAGUUCCCCGCUUACUGGGGCGAGCACCCGAGUGCCUUCGCCGAGAUCGCCAAGGGCAAGGAUGAGGUGGAACGCAUGAACCUCGUCCUCAAGUGGUUCGUCUCGACGCUCAAAGGACAAUUCACCGCCCGCAACACCUCGAUGGGAUCCGAGAAGAAACCCCUCAACCCCAUCCUUGGCGAGCUCUUCCUCGGCAAGUGGCCCGACAAGAACGGUCGUGGUGAGACUACUCUCACUACUGAGCAGGUUUCGCACCACCCUCCCGUCACUGCCUACCACAUCGAGAACAAGAACGCCGGUGUCACACUCGAGGGUCACUGCGGACAGAAGACCUCUUUUUCAGGACGAACUAUUCAGGUGAAGCAGGUCGGUCACGCCGUGCUCCGAGUUAAGGUCGCCGCCAAAGAGGAGCUCUACCUCAUCACUCUUCCCAACUUGCUCAUCGAAGGUCUCUGGUACGGCUCGCCAUACGUCGAGCUCACCAGCAACUCUUACAUCCAGUCCACCACUGGUCUCCUCACCACCCUCUCCUAUACUGGUAAGGGCUACUUCUCCGGCAAAGCACACUCUUUCAAGGCCACCAUCGGUGCCGGAGGCAACACUCUCUAUACUGUCGAAGGAGAGUGGGCUGGUGUUUGCAAGUACAAGGGCAAGUCUCCCUCUGGUGGUAGCAACCAAGUCUUCUGGGACGCAUCGACUGAACGUGAGGAGGUCUCGGUAGAGGCGGUGGAGAAGCAGGGUGAGAUGGAGUCUCGUAAAGUGUGGAAGACGGUUGCCAACGGUAUCAGGACUGGUGACUUUGACACUGCAUCCAAGGACAAGGCGAGGAUCGAGAAUGCUCAGAGGCAGAAGCGUAAGGAUGAGGCGGCUGCGGGGACUCCACACCAAUUGACAUACUUUGUGCACGUUGACGAUGAUCAGGAGUACUCGCAGUUGGCAGCUAUGUUCAAGGGCCAGCCUGCUACUGAGGAUGCCUACCGAAGGAAGCCUAGCGCCUAA